AUGAACGCUAAAGCUAAAAGACGAAGAUCUUCUUCGUUGAAAAAAGAAUUCAACAUGUUAAAAAAAGAAAUUCACGCUGAAACAAAAGAUGAAGUUGCCAAAACUCUGGAAACAAGUGAAAAGGAUUUGCAGGCUUAUAAUGAUUUAUUAAAUUCCAAAAUAAAAAAACUUUCGUUGGAAUUGUCAUCACACAACAAUUCUUCCCCCUCGGCUGAUAAUAAUGACAACGAUUCUGAUAUAUCUGAUAGUUGUAGUACCAACAGUAAUGACGAUUUACCACCAGAAUGUAAAACGAUAAUGAAUAAUUGUGUUAAACAAGCAAAAGAAUUAGAAUUGUUAGAAUCGGAAAUUGAGAAAAGUAAAAAAGAUUUUUCAGCUUUGUUAGAAAUUAAAGGACGAAUUGAACAUUCGUUGGAAAUAAAGGAAAAUGAAUAUUUAGAAAGAAUAAAGGAAUGUGAGGCGAUCACUGAGUCUCAAACCGGCAUGAUUGACUCGAUGGAAGGUUUAUUAAAGGAUCUUGUGGGCAAAAUGGAUCGUCUAAAAGAUGAAAAGGCAAGGCGUAAACUAAAACAUCAGCAUCGUCAUUCUUCUUCUUUUUCCAUAGAUCAUCAUCAUUCACAUAAAAAGAGCCGUAAUAGUUUACUACCACAACGACCACAAUCGACCCUAAGCAAUUAUUAUUCACACGAUGCAGCAAGUAUACAGCGAUCAAAAUCAAGCCUAAACAACCAUUAUACAUACGAUCCAGCAAAGGUAUCAAAUUUACAGCGAUCAAAAUCAAGCCUAAACAACCAUUAUACAUACGAUUCAGCAGCGACAUCAAAUAUACAACGAACAAAAUCAAGCCUAAGCAAUCAUUAUUUGCACGAACCAACAAAGAUGUCAAAUUCACAACGAUCAAAAUCAAGCCUAAGCAAUCAUUCACUCGAUCCAACAAACACAUCAAAUAUGCAACGAUCAAAAUCAAGUUUAAGUAAUCAUUAUGUUAAUGAUACAACUAAAAAAUCAAGAACAAAGUCAAGUUUAAGUAAUAUAAACACCAAUAUAUUUGGUUCCAUAAUGACAAGUUUAAGUUUGAAAAGAUCUCAAUCAAAAGAAAGUAAUUGUAAUUAUAGCAAUUAUAGUUCAUCGGAUGAGUAUAAUCCAUCUGAAUUAAUGCCAGCUCGUUGUAUAUCUCCACCUCGGUCAAGAAGACAGUCAUAUACAAAUCCAAUAUCAUUAUUUACAGAUGAAGAACGCGUUAAACAUCAAUCUCGUUUUGUUUUAGCAGAACGAUGGGUUGAAGAUGAUGAAGUAUCAGUGUGUCGACAUGCGGACUGUAAUACAAAAUUUAAUUUUUGGAAUAGAAAACAUCAUUGCAGAAGAUGUGGUGAUAUCUUUUGUUAUAAACAUAGUAACUAUUCGAUGUUACUGUUUGCUGACGGAAAUGAGGAUUGGGGUGGUGUAUGGUCCAAAGUUUGUGAAGAAUGUUAUAAAGAUAAAGAUGAUAAGAAACAAUAA